CUCCUUCUCCUCUCGACACUCGACAUGGAUGGAGAAGACCCGAACUCUUUGCUAUUGCCCGAAAUUCACGUCGACCUUCCCCCGACAAGCUCGACCUCGAACUCACUCGAUUGGGACGACCUUCGGGCACGGAGUCUGCGUCCUGGCGGGUUCGGUAAGGAGAGGGCGACGAUAUGGCCCCAACUCUUAUGCGUUUCACCACAACCGUCGACAGAGACAGAGACAGAGGAGGAACAUGAACUCGAGCCACACCCUGACGAGCGACAGAUCAAGCUGGACACGGACAGGAGCUUCGUGCUUUACCCAGUAGAUGAGUCCAUGACAGACCGCGUGCAACGACAACAAGAGCUCAAUGCGCUCCUUACGAGUAUAUUCCGGAGACAUCCUGGCUUGAGUUACUUCCAGGGCUACCACGACAUCAUCACCGUCCUGCUCCUCACCCUCCCUCCGCCCCUCCGUCUCCCCGCCGCUGAGAAAUUGAGUCUGCACAGGCUAAGGGAUUCGAUGGGCAAGACUCUGGAGCCGUUGAUUGGAUUGCUUAGGAUCCUCCAACGUCUCCUCCGUCUCGCAGACCCGGCCUAUGCGUCCCUCCUCGAACAAUCCUCCCCCCUCCCCUACCCCCUCCUCUCCCCCCUCCUCACCCUCUUCUCGCACGACAUCCCCACCCUGCCCCACAUCCAACACAUAUUCGACUAUUUACUGUGUAGGCCGCCGCUUGCGGUGGUUUAUCUUGCGGCGGCGGUGGUGAUGGAGGGGGAGAGUGGGAGGAGGGGGAGGGUGGAGGGGGUUUUUGGGGUGGGGAGGACGUGUCGGCGUGCGCGGUCGCGGGAAGGUCAGGGUGCGGGUGGAGAGAGGACUUGUCGGCGUGCUAGUAGUGCAGGAGGGGAUGGGGACGGGGAUAGGAAUGGGGAUGGGGAUGGGGAUGGGGAUGGGGAGGAAGAGGAAGAGGAAGAGAGGGAUGUGGGGAUGGUGUUUAGUUUGUUGGCGGGGGUGCCGGAGAUGUGGGAUGGCGAGGACGAGGACGAGGAUAUCGACUUCGACGCCGACGAGAACGAGGAAGGCGGGGACGCGGAGGGCGAGGAUGCUGUGGAGAAAGGGAAAGACGAACCAGAAGAAAUCAUCUCCCUCGACUCCGAAAGCGUCACAGACGAUCAGCAUCACAGUCCCGAGCACGAACACGAACACGACCAGAACUCUCAAAACUCUCGAUCUUCCUCACCACUGAUACCGACACAAAUACCCCAUCCGGACGAUACCCUCCUCAACGACGACACCACCGCCUUCUCCGACGAGUCGCAUCCACAUCCACAAUCCGACACAGACGGGGAGACGGAGGGAGAGGGAGAGAUAACCCUCGUCGGGACUUCGCCGUCGCCGUUCGUAGAUACAGAGGAUCUAGCCGACGAGAUGAAGGUCAAGGUCAAACCUGUACCACCACCGUCACUAGGAGUAGACCCCGUCGUUACGGAUGUUCGGGCGGUCGGGAUCGAAGGCGGUAACAAGGCUGAGUCUGCUGGUCCGCCUGGGUUGGGAAAAGUGGUGGAGGUGGAGGUGGAGGUGGAUGCGGAGGAGGUGGAGGGUGAGACGACUGCUGGUUCGUCUGGGGUGGUGGAGGUGGAGGUGGAGGUGGAGGACCCAGAUAGGAAGGAAGAGGAAGUGGGAGAAGAGGAAGAGGAAGAGGAAGAGAGAGGAGUCGACCCGGCCGAUAUACCCCUUCCCCACUCUCGCGCACCGUCUUCUUCGCGUUCGCGUUCACGUCCACCGCCACCAGUCACCGUCACUAAAUCCGCACCUCGCUCCCGAUCGUCCUCUUCCAAAUCUACGCCCAAUCCCACAUCUACGCCUAAUCCCAAACCGAAACCAAACACCACACCCAAACGCAAGCCACAAUCAAAGAAAAAACCGCGUCCCCCACUAACCCUCACCUCCCUCCUCACCCAAUCCGACGCUCUCAUGGCCCAAUACCCGCCCUCGCACCCCGCGCUGCAUCUCCACGAAACCAUGGGUCCGAAGAGCGUCGUGCGGACUUGGGCGGAGCACGAUUUUUCACUGGGGACGACGUCUGCUUCUUCUUCUUCUGGUGGUGGCAAUGGAGGUCAAGCCGUCAUGAGCGAUGGGCAUGUCCUGAGCGAUGCAGAAUGCGAAGAGAUAGUGAGGAGUGGGAAGAUUGAGGAUGUCGUUCUUCCCUGGGAUCCAUCCAUGGACGAACCCGAGCAACCUUCUUCUGGGCGCGAUGGCGACUCGGACUCUGAGAGCGAGGGCGAGGGCGAGGAGCAUGAAAGGUCGUGGUUCGGGCUCGGGGCACUCGUUCGCCGUCCGCAUCUCCGUCAUCGUCACGGACACGGUCGUCGUCCGUCCACCUCACAUCCGGACGAGAAGGGCGAGAAGAGUGAGAGUGAGAAGGCGGGACCUAAAGAGAAGAAAGGCAAGCCCAAACGACCCCGGCGCAAGCUCCGAAAACAACAUCGCCCCUUCUUCGGUGCGCCCCGUGGAGUCGAGUUCGAUAGACGAACGAUGAUCGCGGGCGCGGCGUUGGUGCUUGGGGUCGCUAUGGCGGUUUAUGCGUCGAGGGGUGGCGGUGGCGGUGGUGGUGGUGGGUAUGGGAGGGGGAGGAUGGGCGGUGUGGGCGGGUUGGUGGGGGUUUUGGGGGAGAUGUUUGGGGGUGAGGUGGGGGGUGGGAGGGGAUUUGGGAUGUAG